AUGGCAACCAGGCUCCCCAGCCUCCAACUGGCUGGCCAGGUCGGGUGGCACAGCCGCGGCAUCCUGGAACAGGACCCAGUAGUGGCUGUCCCCGCCCCGGCCCGCAGUGUCUGGGCACCCCCACCGGGCAGCCUGGCCAAGGCCUCCCACCCCACCCCCAUCCAGGACAGCUGCCGGGGCGGCCUGAGCCCAGUGGCCUUCCUGCUCCUGCUGACCGGCUGCCUGGCUGUCACCCCCUGGCCCAAGGCUGAGGGCAUCUGCCAGGCUGGAGACGGCAGCCAUGGGGCCAGGCCGGCCUGCCCUGCAGUGCAAGAGAGACACAUUGUGCUGCUCAUUGAGCGCAGGGUGGGGGAGGCUCUGGCCAGCGGAGGGGACACCUCCCAGGAGCUGUGCAAGGAGGCGUGGCAAAGGCUGCUCCAGGGCAGGGCUGGGGGGACACGCAUUUACUAUGCACCAAGCAUGGCUGGCUGCCUAGGGGCAUCAGGACCUCAGCUAAGCUCGCAGACACCCCAACAGGUCUUAGGGACCCCAGGCACUGAGGAGGAAACCAAGGCUCCAGAAAGACCACCCCCACUUCCAAUGAGAAAGGCGCAGAGAGGGGCUCAGCCCAGGCCGUCUGACCCCAGAGACCCCCUCCACAGCCCCCAGCUGCAGCCCCCUCAGCCCACAGUGGGAGCUGGCCGCAUCCCUGACGGCGGGACCCCCCACCCCAUCCCCACCCUGCCAGGGGCCCCGCAGCUGCUUGGGCUGCAGAUUCCCGCCGACUCGCUAGAUUCAACACCACCCCCUGCCAUCCUGGCUGCCAAACUCCAUCACCGAGAUCGCCUCCUCCCGCUCCAGCGCCAUUCCCGCCGUGGCCCCUGCCCAGCCUUUGGGGGUCGGUCCAGGGAGGGGGAGCACCCAGGGCGGGGGUCCCACUUGUCGGACCGAGCAAGUCGGGAGUGGGAAGCCAGUGGCGCGCGAGGUCUCCGGCCGGCCCACCGGGAGACACGGCCGCCCCCACGCUGCACCUCCCCAGGGGCCUCCGGGCUUCCCAGCCCACCCGAGGCUCUCCCCUCUCGACGCCGCCCGCGGCCCUGGGCCGGGCGCCUGCACGUGUCUGUCUGUGCCAUGUCCCCUCCCCUUCCCUCCGCUCACACAGGGGAACACGCACCCACUCUCAGCACUCGGCCCUCGGGAGCCACCUCCUCCAGGAAGCCCACCCGAAAGUCCGGCGGAGCAGCCCCUCCUCUGGCUCCCACACGCACUGCCCUGGGCCGGGGGAAGGGCGACGGGGAGGAGGACGAGGCAACACCAGAGAGGAACCAGCCAGCUGCGUCUGCCUCGGGCCUCCUCGCCAGAAGCAAAGCCUCUUCCAUGAAGAUAAUGUUCCAGUAA